UGCAAACGCAGUGGAUAGGGGGAGGGGAGUCACAAGUCCCCUAGUGUGUGUACAUGAUCCUUGGAGCUAUGUGAUCAAUUGGAUAUCGCAAUGAGCAAAGAUAGACCCUUUACGCGAAUGCGGACAGAUAAUUGAUGAAUACCUAUGACGCGUGAGCCUCUCUCGCGCCGUAUUCGGCAUCGCAGUGACGCGCGAUGCAGCCAUGGCCGCACUCGCAACUCCCCCUCACGCAAACAGGGCCGGAAGGAUGCAGCUCCGGGGCCUCUUCCAGUCAGUCAACAGCGGCAACUUAUUCUCGCCGGGAUGUUCGGUAGAGGCCCUGCGAGAUCGUCAGGUGGCCACGGCCAAGGGAAGGGUGGUCAGUCAUGCGCAUCGUUGCAGCGAGCGCAUAGCGAAACCCAUCAGCCACGAAGCGAGAGCGGCGAGAAGGCCAAGGCCGCGAGCCGAAGGAGUGGCGGCCCCCUGCAUCUACGUCAGCGAAUCUGGGAUGCUCGACCGAGCCAGGACGACCAAAAUAAGAAGAAGCGGAUUUCAUGUGGCGAGCUGGGAUCGCAAAGCGUUAGUAGAGACCCAGGAGAACGGUAGCUGGUGCCACGUUGGAAGAGCCAGCCAGGUUUGUGGCUCGUGGAUCUGGAUCGACAACUUAUCGCCGGUUGCGAGGCUCGAAAAGCGGUGGUUGAUUGACCGAUUGACGCGGGUUACUAAUUAGCGUAGGCCUCCCGUCCCGCAGACCCGGGUACCUACUGUAGAUACAGUCAGUAUGGGGUGGCGCCACAAGCACCGCCACGGCCACGGCGGAGGACCCGGGAACCGCAUACCGCAUACCGCAUAAUGCAGCCCACCGCCUGCAGUGUGCAGUGUGCAGUGUGCAGUCAGACAAACGGAAGGGGUGUUUUUUUUUUUUGGGUGGCCCGAGCAUCGGCGGCCGCAUUAGUUUGACGGGGAAUUUCAGCUGUUCAUGG